UCUGGAAAACGCUGAUUAUUAUUAUUAUUAUUAUUACUCUGUUUCUUCAACAUCUGCAGUGUUUGUAUCUGAAAGGCUUUCCUUCUGUGACGUCACCGCGUCGGGCGGAGAAAGGAAACCGAAAAUGUCGCUUCAGGACGAAAAACGAAAACUAGACCAAUCUGGCGUCGCUUCCUCUCCGCCUAUUGGCUGGCGCGCCCGAGGGGGCGUGGCUAUGCCGGUGUUUAUAAUGAGCGCGGCUGAUCUGGAGAGCUGGACUCGAUCUUUCUUUCUUCCAUUGGAGGACGCAAAGCAGAAGACUGACCAUCACCUGCCUUCAUACAGGACACCGGUCACUCAGAGGUUAUUGAUUUAUUGAUCCAGUGAUGGAGCUGAUUGUGAAGCUUGUGAGCGGAGAGUGCCGCAGUGUGCGCGUGAGUGGAAAUGCCACGGUGGGCGAGCUGAAGCGGGCGGCUGCGCAGAGCUUCGAUGUGGCCACCUCAUGCGUGCGGCUCUCCACGGGCAACGGGCUGCGGGUGAGCCUGGAGAGCGAGCUCACUCCACUGAGCAGCUACGGCCUCAGCUCAGGCUCCACCGUCAUGCUGCUGCUGCUCGCACCUAUCCAGGUGUUCGUCAAAAACGAGAAGGGCCAGGUGAAAACCUACGACGUGACCGAGGAGGAGACGGUCAGCGAGCUGCAGAGGAAGGUCUACAACAAGGAGGGCACCCCCAUUGACCAGCAGAGGCUGAUCUUCGGCGGCAGGCAGCUCGAAGCCGGGAAGCUGAAGGAGUACGGCAUCGCCAACGGAAGCACCAUUCACCUGACCCUCCGUCUGCGGGGGGGCUAACGAGGCUAACAGACCUCCUUCGGGCCGUUUCAGUGCUCUUUAAACGAGCCCUCGUCGACUUGACUUCACUCUUACUGGACUCUUUUCCAUAACUUUGUUAGUAUAAGUUUAUUAAAUGAGGCCUUAGAAGGAACAAGUGAGCAUUAGCUUUAGCAUUAGCACAUUAGACUCACAAUCACUGACAUUUCUCUUUUCAAACCCCCAAAACGUGGAGAGCAAAAGCCACAGCAGCAAAAUAUUUCAAAAGGUUUCCUGUUUCAAAACUAUAACAUUGAACUGACUACGGUCGAACUGGCCAAUACAGCUUCAUUACUCUGCUAGCUUGCUUUGCUAGUUAGCAAGCUAAAAGCUACAAACAACAAAAGUAAAGGUAACUCAACACGGUUUUAAUUCAACACUUACAGACAGACAGUUAUUCACACAAUUUAUGUUCAAACGUCGGAAAAUCACGUCAGCAUUACAAAGUUUGCAUGGUUAGCUGGUUAGCACAGUGAGGCUAACCUAGCCGAGCACACUCAGGUUGAGUAAUCCCUUCCACCCCAAGCAGCCACUCGAGAAACGUAGGUGCAGUCGGGGAAUUGAAGUUGACGGUUGAUGAUUCAGCAUUAGUAGAUGUUCACUUGCGAGUGGUCAAAGUUGAAGUUGGCAUGUUAAGGAAAAAAAGUACUGAAAUGAACUGCAGUUUCACAGAGCAGCGUUCCUCCUGUUAGCCUUUUAGCUUAUAACUACUUUAUGUAGUCAGCCAAAGCUAAUGCUGAACAGUGUUGAGGCUGCACUUGUUUUUUUUCUGUCUGUUUUCACACUAAAAUGA